AUGACAUUCAGGAAAAUUGGUGUUUGUCCUGAAAUUAUCGAACUUUUACACGAGAAGGGUAUACUUGUGCCAUCGGAAGUUCAAGCAGCAUGUAUCCCUGAGGUUUUAUCUGGUCAUGAUGUUGUCGCAUGUGCUCAAACUGGUUCCGGCAAAACUGCUGCAUUUGUUAUCCCUCUUCUUCAAGCGUUGAUGCAUGAACCAAGACCGUUUUAUGCUCUUGUUAUUACACCCACUCGUGAACUCGCCCAUCAAAUUGGCGAGCAGACGGCAGGUCUUAACCUGGUUCAGGGGAAUUCAAUAUGUACUGUUCAGGUUAUAACAGGCGGUCAGAGCAUAAUUCGGCAGGGAAUCGAUUUAGCUCGGGGUCCGCACAUUAUCGUUGCCACUCCUGGACGGCUGGCGGACCUCUUGCGCACUCAGAAAUCAUCUGCAGAGUCCGGUGCUGUUCCUGAAUGGAACCUCUCUCGCCUUAAAGUCCUCGUGCUUGAUGAAGCUGAUCGGCUACUAGAAGACAACUUUGGUAAAGAUCUUGCGGAAAUCAUGGCAGCUCUGCCGCGAAACCGUCAGACUCUCCUAUUCAGCGCGACCUUCAGUGGUGCUGUCAAGAGGGCCGUAGAAUCUGCUAGGGCGGCCGCCAUCGCAGAUAAUCGCAAUCCCCCCGUCAUGUGGGAGUCCAAAGGCAUUACCGAGUCCCCUGGACAAAAAGCUGCCAGUUCUACGACCGUCGAUACUCUGUCUCAGUACUACCUGAUCACAAGACCUGAAUUGAAGGAUGCCUUCUUAGUCCACGUCAUAGAUCAAUUUCUUACUGAAAACUCACAUUCAUUAAUAAUUGUUUUUACAAACAAGUGCAAGUGGUGUCACCUCCUUGGUUUGAUUAUGUCGUCAGUGGGUAUUCAGUCGGCUGUUUUGCAUUCUUCGAUGCCCCAGACUGAUCGAAUUGCAGCUCUAACAGCUUUUAAAUCUAGUCAUGUGCGAGUGUUAAUUGCAACCGAUCUUGCUAGUCGCGGAUUGGAUUUUCCGACGGUGGAUGCCGUGGUCAAUCACAACGUCCCAAUUCGACCGAAAGACUAUGUUCAUCGUGUUGGCCGGACAGCGCGAGCUGGGAAGGCGGGUAUGGCUAUCACCUUCGCUGAUCUCUUUGAGAUUAAGCGGUUGAAGGCGGUUCAAACCUUCAUUGGCAAGAACCUCCAAAGAUUUGAAGUUAACGAGGCCCAUGUGGCCAAAAUAAUACCUGAAGUUAUUAUAGCACGAAGGACUGCAGAACGCAAACUUGAUGAAAUGCGCUUCGAUGAAAAACGGGAGAUAAUCAAGGCAAAAAAUCUUCUCAAGAUGCAAAGUAGCAAAUUAUAG